AUGCCAGCAGCGAAGGACGAGGUCAGCGCGUCGCUCGAGGGCGGGAUCACGCUCCGGCCGUACCAGCGCGAGGGCGCAAACUGGCUGCUGUGGUCGCGGAAGCAGGGCCGCUCGGUGAUCCUCGGCGACGAGAUGGGUCUCGGCAAGACCAUGCAGGUUGUCGCCUGCCUGCGGCACCAGGUCGUGGAGUGGGGGUGCGACGGGCCGUUCCUGGUGGUGGCGCCGCUCUCCACCAUUGGGCACUGGGAGCGAGAGCUCGGCCGUGCGCCCGAGCUUCGCCCACAGGUCCUGAGGGGACCGGCGGCCGAGCGCCGUGCGCAGCUGCGCGAGGGCGGCCCGUCCGGCGUGAGGGCGUGGACCGUGCUGAUCACGACGUACGAGACGCUGCUGAGCGACGCGCGGGCGCUGCAGGGCAUCGAGUGGAGCGGCCUCGUCUUUGACGAGGCGCAGCGGCUCAAGAAUGCAAAGUCCAAGUCGUUUGCGGCGGCGGCGGCGCUGCGCUGCGAGCACAAGGUGCUGCUCUCGGGGACGCCGCUGCAGAACUCGGUGGGCGAGCUCUGGUCGCUGCUGCACCUGCUCUCGCCCACCGGAUUUGCAGACGAGGUCGCCUUCGGCCGCCGCUUCGGCGGCCUCGAGACUGCUCGGCAGGCGACGGCGCUCAGCAGCCUGCUGCGGCCCUUCCUUCUGCGCCGCACCAAGGCGGACGUGGAGGUGUCGCUCGAGCCUCUGACGGAGAUGCUCAUCUACGUCGAGGUGACGGCGCUGCAAAAGAUGACCUACCGCGCCAUCUGCGAGCGCAACCGCGAGCUGCUUGUCCCGUCGGAGCGAGGCGGCAAGCGCUCCUCGCUCUCGUUCCGAAACCUCGAGGCGCGCGAUGCGGCGCCUGUGCUGAUGCGGCACUGCUGCAACCACCCGUACCUGGUGGCGGGUGUGGAGGAGGAGGAGGAGGUGCGCGCGGGCGGGUACGGGUCGCCCGCCGCCGAGCUCGACGCCCUCGUCGCCGCCUCGGGCAAGACGGUCCUUCUCUCCAAGCUGCUGCCGCACCUGACCGCUGGCGGCCACCGCACGCUCCUCUUCUCGCAGUUCAAGCUGGUGCUCGACCUGCUCGAGGACGUGCUCGACCACCUCGGGCUGCCGUACGAGCGGCUCGACGGGGACGUGACCGGCGCGGCGCGGCAGGCCGCCAUCGCCCGCUUCGAGGCGCCGGGCUGCACCACGCCCACCCUCGGCACAGGCGGGCUCGGGAUCACGCUCACCUCGGCCGACACCGUCGUGCUGUACGACCCGGACUGGAACCCGCAGGCCGACCUGCAGGCGGCGGCGCGCUGCCACCGGAUCGGGCAGACCAAGCCGGGGACGCGUCGGCAAAACAGAAAGCCGGCGCAGCAAUCAAAGAGAGCUGGGAAUAGGCAAGCCAAGCCGGUGACCGUCUACCGGCUCGUCACGCGAGACACGUACGAGAUGGCCCUCUACGCGCGCGCCAACCAGAAGCGAGGCCUCGAGCAGGCCGUCAUCGGCCACGGCGAUUUUGGCGCAGCUGCUGGCGGCCGCCGCGGCGCGGCUCCGGACGCGGCCGAGAUCGAGGCGCUGCUCCGGCGCGGCGCGCACCACCUCCUCGCCGCAAACGCGGUGGCCAUUGACUCGUCGGCGGGGCGCGCGCGCAGCGGCGGCGUCUUCGCCGAGGCUACCUUUGUGAGUGGCGAGGAGAGCGGCGUGCCCGACCUCGACGACCCCGACUUUUGGACGAGGGUGCUGCCGCCGCCCCCGCCAGUCGAGGCGGCGCCGUCCGCCGACUCGCGCUCCCUCCGCCGCCGCGCGUCGGUCGUCGUCGAGGAGAGCGACGGCUCGCCGAGCAGCGAGGAGGAGGAGGAGAGCGGGCUCCCUCCUCCGCGAGGAGGCUGGUCGCCGUCGCAGUUGCGCGCUCUGGCGGAGCGGUCUGCCACGGUAGGUGUCCUCCGGCUCGGCCCCGGCCGGUUCGGGGCGAGCCAGCACUUGCUCAGCGUGCCGGAGCUCGAAACUCGUCCGCCCGGGGAGGUGCAGAUCGCCAUCCGCGCCGUCGUGCGGCUCUGGCUCGAGGCGCAGCCGUCCCGCGGGCAGAAGGACGCACCCGUGACGCUCUCCGACCUGUGCUCGCUCGCGGCGCUCGGCCGGCACCGGGAGCAGGGGCGGCCGGUGUCGGCGCUGCGGCUGCGCCGGCGCAAGGUGGCGCGGCUGUGCCGCGCCAUGCUGGCGUACGAGCGCGAGCAGUCUCGCGACCUGGCAAAGGAGGCGGAGGCGCGCGAGCGGCGGCGCGCGGAGGCGGAGGAGAAGCGGCGGCAGCGAGAAGCGGCCGAGGAGGCCAAGCGGCUGGCGCGCGAGCAAAAGGCGCGCGAGGGGAGGCGGCUGGAGGGUGGCGCGCUCGAGCGUGCGGCGGCGGCCGACGCCAAGGCGGCGGCGGCCGAGGAGAGGCGGCGUGUCAAGGAGGAGCGCCGCGCGGAGCGCGAGAAGGAGGAGGCGAAGAGCGUGGAGCAGCGGCGCGAGGAGAAGAAGGCGCGCGAGGAGGAGCGGGUCAACAGUUUGCUCGAGCAGGGCAAGAAGGUGUGGGCGGCGUCGCGCGAGGUGGAGGACCUACCCGACAAGCGGCCCUACCCGCCCGUGCCGCCCAGCGCGGCGGGCAAGCCGCAGGAGCGGAACCGUUCGUGCCACAUCUGCACCCAGGGCAUCGCCUCGUGGCGGGGUGCCUUCACCGCCCCGCUCGGCUGCUCCAAGUGCCCGCGCAUCUUUUGCGAGCGCUGCCUCGGCCACCUGCAGGACGAGGCGCUCCUCCCGCUCGCGGGCAAGCCGCUCUCGACCUUCUUCGACGACCACUGGGACGAUUGGACUUGCCUGAUGUGCCGCGGCGUCUGUGCCUGCCAGGAGCCGCAGCUCAGCGCAAAGGUGCCCAUCGCCUCCGUCUGCGCCGCCGGCCCCGGCCGCUGCCGCAUCAAGACGGCCGAGCCGCACCCAUUCCGCUCGGGCGAUUCGGUCAGCGUCUCCGGCUGCAAGCUCGCCGCGUCGGCGGGACCCGUCGCCUCCAAGGCGCUCCAGCCAGUCAACAAGCAGCACGGCUCCGUCACGUGGAUCUCGCCCGGCGAGAUUGAGUUGCGCGCGGACGCGAGCGGCCUGCCCCCCGUCGCCGAGGCGAGCGGCCACGUCACGCUCCCGACGAUCGAGAAGCACAAGCGGCGCGGCUGGGUGGGCGUGACUGGCUCCGGCGCCAUCAAGGCGUCGCCCGCCACCGCGGCGGCGGUCACGGGAAAGCGGAAGGGCAGCCCAACGCCGAUGAAGCGGAAGGGCAGCCCCUCGCGGGGCGGCGGGCGCCGCACGCCGAAGAAGACCUCGACGGGCACGCGGAAGGCGAAGGCGUAA